UCUCAUAAAGUGAAAAUAUAGCGUAAUUCAAUCAGCCAAUCGAAAAAGAGGAUUAGAUAGGCAGAGUAGAUAGUGUUUGUUUCUGUGUUCGAACGCAUCUUGUUGAUAGAGAAAUGAUCUGCAUAAACUGUUUGAAUAUCAGUCUUAAUCGUAUAUUGUUACUCGCAGUUGGUUUAUGGCCUUAUCAACAAUCGAAACUCGUUCGAUUUCAAUUGAUCUUAGUUUAUGCCAUUCUGACAACCUGUAUUAUGUUUCAGUUUACAGCAUUAUUAACAUCAAAAUGUACUUCUGAUUUUCUCAUCGAUGUUUUUUCUACAGCAUUACUUUAUGUUAUGUUUCUAAUUAAGUACAGUUGGUUUCAUAUUAAUAUUGAAGUUAACAUAUAUAAUAAGUUAACGGAUAAGAAUGAAAUCACUAUCAUAAAAAAGUAUGGCAGCUAUGCGAAACGUUAUACGGCUGGAUUAAUAUUCAGCGUCGUAUUCAUUUCACCGGCUCCAGUUUUAUAUUUAUUCUACCCAUACAUUCUUGACAUUGUAUUAUCUAUAAAUGAGUCUCGAUCAUAUUCUCCAGUGCUUGUUACCGAGUACUUUAUUGAUCAAGAAAAAUAUUCUUAUCUGAUUUUAUUGCAUAUAAUCGCGGCUCUAUUCAUAGGAAUAAUCACAGUACUAGCGACAGGAGCGAUAUUUAUAGUUUAUUUACAGUACGCCUGCGGAAUGUUUCAAAUUGCCAGUUACCGUAUGAAACAAGCAAUAACAAUCGGUAAUUCACGGAAAGGCAACCUUUCACGAAACAAGAAUCUGAUUUACAAGGAAUUGAUUCGUGCUGUGGAUAUGCAUCGCGAAGCCAUGAGAUUCUCAGAUUCAUUCGUAUCCAGAUUUAAAGUAAUGUUCUCCUCUCUGAUAGUAGUCGGACUUACAAGCGCAAGUCUCAAUUCUUUUCGAAUAUUUCAGGCUCUGACACUCGGAUAUGAUAUUGAGGAAUUUUUAGUUCCCUUAGUGUCCAUGAUCACUUAUAUAUCAUACAUGUUCUUAGCCAAUUAUAUUGCACAAGAAAUUAUGGAUCACAAUAAUGAUGUAUUUGACACUGUAUACAAUAUUCAAUGGUACGCGGUUUCCUUAAACGUACAAAAGAUGAUACUGUUCUUAUUGCAAAGAGGUACCAAAGCUUUUAAUUUAAAUAUUGCUGGACUAUUUGUGGGAUCAUUAGAAGGUGCAGCCACGUUGAUCAGUACUGGAAUAUCAUAUUUCACUGUUAUUUACUCAACGCGAAUUUGACACAAGAUAGGUAAAUUAAUAAUUUAGUCGAAUAACAAUAGAAGAAAUAUCCAGUUGGACUUCUAAAUAUAAUAUUAAUUAUUAAA